UGCUGGAAAGCCUUUUAAUUGGCGUCUUACUAAGCCAUUUAAAUAACGACUGUCACGACUCACGUUAAAAAACGGUAAAAACAAAAACUGAAAUUAUAAUGCGACAACAGUGAUAUAGUUCUUUAGAACUUUGAUGGUUUUUAUUAAUUGCGCUUAAUUAAUAGUAAUUAUAUGUGAUAAGUUGAAUAAAUUGCAUCAGCAAACUCUAUAGGAUGGAUUGUGAGUUCGUAAGAACCCCGUGAACAUUUGAAUCCUGAAAAAGAUAAAAAUGGUGAAGCACUGUUCAGUAGAAUCCUGUAAAAAUACAGUUGCAAAUAAGGAUGUCAGUUUCCAUAAAAUACCAACAAAUCCAUUCUACCGUGCUGCGUGGCUCCGUGUAUGCAGGAAGACCAUUAAAUUUGCAACACAUGCAACAAUAUGUUCUGAUCAUUUCACGCCCGAAUGUUUCCAACCAAGAAGUUUAACUUGCGAAUUCAUGGACAAAGCAUUAAAUAGAACAUCCCGAAAAUUGAAAAAACUUUAUUCGAACGCAAUUCCCACCGAGAAUUUAGCCCCCACGAUUGAGAAAUUGGUAGCGAAUAAAGGUCCACUUACAGCCGAUCCUGAUGAAAGUACUUUGCAUGCAGAUGCAAAUGAUGUUUUGACUAAUAGUAACACUGUGUCUGCACUUUCGAGUGCCCCUAAUGAUUCUGAAAGUGAUGGCUCCUUAGAAUCAAGUAGCGACAUCAUAAAUGAUAUGUUUUCUUCAUUGACAAACUGCAAUUUUACCUCGGAAGAAGAAAAAAACUUAUACUCAGAGAAGUUGUUGAAGAUCAAACAAACAUGGUCAGAACAAGUGCAACAGCUGCAGAAAGAUGUCGAAGCAAAAAAACAGCGUGUCGAAGAAGAGAAAAGGAAAAACCUUGAAAAGGAGAAAAAACACAGUGAGAAAUGUGAAGCUUUUCUUCGGAUAAUUCUUAAACUGAGGGAUAGUGAAAUUGCUUGGAAAGAAAGAUGUCAUGUAUAUAAAAAAAGAGUGGAGCAUGCCGAAAACAAACUAAAUCUGUUUUCUAGAGAAAAGGAGGAGAUCAUGCAGAAACUGCAAAUAAUUUUUACCCCAGGACAAGUAAAAAUGUUAUUGUAUCCUAAAAAAAGAACAAAGUGGAACCUCGAGGAUAUAGAAAAUGCUAUUUCCUUGUAUGAAAAUGGCCCCAAGACGUACGAGUACUUGAGAGACGUUAUGCAGUUUCCUCUACCGGGAUUGACUACCUUGAGGAGAUGGAUGGACCCAAUCGACGCAGAGCCAGAUCCUGAGGACCAUAUUGUUGAGACCAGUAUGGACACCACACAAUUAGUAGAGAAGGACACAGAUGAGGCACUGAAUGAAGCAGAAAUAUCCGAAUGUGAUUUUUCCGACAAAGAUGUCAUCGAAGAGGAGUAUUUGAUGACAAUGUCCGAUGCGUCUGAAGUUCAGGAUAAUGAAGACGUAUUAGAGAAUGAUGCUGAUGAGCAUGAAGCAGGAGAAUAAUACAGAAUGCAAGAAACCAAAAAUGGAUGUUCCAGUAUUAGUUCAAGUAUCUCGAGGAGAUAAUUUAAUUUAUGAGGUGAUUGGGAAUGAAGAUGGGAAAGACGAUC